GAGCGGACCCCGGGGGCGAUGCGGCUGCUGCCCCUGCUGCGGACUGUCCUCUGGGCCGCGCUCCUCAGCUCCCCGCUGCGAGGGGGCUCCGGCCUCCGCCACGCCGUCUACUGGAACUCCAGUAACCCCAGGCUUCUUGGAGGAGACGCCGUGGUGGAGCUGGACCUCAACGAUUACCUAGACAUCUUCUGCCCGCACUACGAGGGGCCAGGGCCCCCUGACGGCCCCGAGACCUUUGCUUUAUACAUGGUGGACCGCGCAGGCUAUGAGGCCUGCCAGGCCCAGGGCCCGGGCGCCUUCAAGCGCUGGGAGUGCGCCCUCCCCUUCGCUCCCUUUGGCCCUGUUCGGUUCUCUGAGAAGAUUCAGCGCUUUACACCCUUCUCCCUUGGCUUCGAGUUCCUGCCCGGAGAAACCUACUAUUACAUCUCGCUUCCGGCUCCGGACAGUUCUGGCAAGUGCUUGAGGCUCCAGGUGUCCGUCUGCUGCCGGGAGAGCAAGUCGGAGUCCGCCCACCCUGUCGGCAGCCCCGGAGAGAGCGGCACCUCAGGGUGGCAAGGAGGAGGCGCUCUCAGCCCCCUCUGUCUCUUGCUGCUGUUGCUGUUUCCGAUUCUGCGUCUCUUGCGAGUUCUCUGAGCCAAGCAGACCCGUCCUGCUACACCCCUGCCGCUGGAGCAUCCCACCAGACAGACCAAUGGAAGAGUGAUGGGGAGGUCGGAGGGUCUGUGGUGACCCUUCCAGGGGCUGGCCCCUUCCCACAGGCUGAAGAGUUGCCAAGGGGGUGCUGCACACGGCCCCUGGCGCCCUGGAGCCCUAAGCAGGACAAACGCGGGCUGUCAGCUGCUUUGAUGUUCUCAUCCUGUCCCCCCCAGAAAGACUGGGAUUUGGUGGGGCUGAAUCCUUGAGUCUUUUGGGGCCAAAACCGAAGACCUGGGGACAGGUGGAUUGCCAGAUCAGGGCAAGGAGGAGGUGGCCAGCCUGCCUGCCGUCUGUGCCCAGCACCCUGGGGGCCUCUUCCCUGGGGCAGCGUUCUCCCCUCCCCAGGUGGUCACUCAUUUGUCUUCUGUGAAGACGGACUUGCUAUGAGGUUGAAUAUCAUGCCAGUUUGUAUUUUUAUAAGUGUCUGGACCAAGCCCUCAAUAAACCACCUGACUUCUGGUUGCUGUC